AUGGGGAACGAGCUUUCAUGCGCAGAAGAACAAUGCAUGUGCGACCCCAGGCACAAGGAUGUCCACAGCGGUGGGCCGUGCGGAGUUGGGAUAAACUUUCAUAUCGAUGAAAAUGGUAGCAUGCGAGUCAAAUCCCUCAAGCCUGGAGGACCAGCAGAUAGAUGCAGGGCAAUACAGCCUGGAGAUGUCCUCGUGAUGGUGGAUGGGCAGAGCAUUAUGGGGCUGCCCUUGCAGUUGGUUAGUGCCAAGGUGACGGGAUUGAGCCAGACGACUGUGAACUUGGGGUUCCGACGAGGUGAAUCGUCACGAACUAUCUGCGUUUGUUUGGCGCGGGAGAGAAUACCAGAGAAGGAGCAGGAGAAGGCCCUGCCAGAGGGGUUUCAGAAGAGGCAGGAGGAUCCGACGUCUUGCCACGAUGAUCAACAUCAUAAGCUGGCCAACACCAAGUCUGCGGUGCCGCCAGAGUCUCUCGACGCUUUCAUCUCCGAGCUGACCAUCUCCCGUUACAAGCCGCUAGCAAUUCUGCCCCUCACCUCUCCCUCCCAUCGCAGCUCCAAUAAGCUCAACCUGGAGCACAACAAUGAAGGGCAGCACGCUCCUUCUCCCACCCCUGACUGGAAGAUCCUGGUCGAGCUCUUCGAGGCUCGAAACUUGUUGGCAGGUAGAGGACACUCCAAGAUUUCCGCGAGUAUCCUGACAAUCCAGGGGGAGGAGGACGCCGGACACGUCCCAGGCGACAUGAUCCCUUCUCCUCCUCACUCAAACUCCCCCAACUCGAUGGAUGCUGGCCUACAAAACGGAGCCAUGUCGCCGAUCAGUCGGAAUCAGGCGCUGAAACCUCAGACCCACCUGGUCGACAUCCCCAACGACUCCAACAGCGUUCAAUGGCAUCAGAUAGUGAGCAUAAAGUCAGCCUACCGCCCUAGAUCGUCGCGGGAUGGCGAGAGUACAGACAUUCCCCUCGCUGGAUGCGAUAUGGUCAGCACGAGCCUGGACGGGCAAGCAGUGACGUUGAUCGUUUCUAUCCGUCUGACCUCGAGCAACUCUCCCUUUGUCUUCUGCGGUCAGGCGAUCGUUCGAUCGGUCUCGGCGGGGGAUGAGAUCAGUGGAUGGUUCGACCUGCAAGAUGCCGGCGGUCGACCCAUGUACAAUGAGCAGGGGAACCAAUCAAAGCUGUACAUAAACCUCUUCUAUGGACAACCGCGCGACAUCAUCGAGAGCAACGGGAAAAAGUUCAGUAUCAUGUAG